AUGCAGAAUGAGCCCGGUUUGACCGCCAGCGAUGUUAAGGAUAUCAAGAAAAGUCUCAAAAGAUUCGCCGUCAAGAAUCACACACUCGAUCACAACGACCGCCGUAUUGCCGCAACCCCACUCAUCAAUUAUAUGCUCGAAAAAUAUGACUUCGAUACUACAGAGACAGAAUGGCAGAGAGAAAGUCUCCAGCAAUUCGCAAGAGCUGCUUGUAAUUCGGAGACACGUACCAACAAGAAGCGCCGCGAGAGGCUCCUCAAGCAAGAAGCAAGCGCCCAGAAGGCAAAGACUGCCGCUGAGGAAGAGAAAGAAGAUGGCGACGACGGCGACAAAGAGGAAAGAGAUGUCGCCGAGGAACAAGAAGGAGAUGUUACAGAACAAGCAGAAGUUGCCGAAACUACCUGA